AUGCCUAAAACCUCUGCUGCACACCCUAGGCAGCUUGACAAGGCAUGGGAUGGCAUCAGUAAGCCGAUCGCAUCUGCUACAAGUAGCAGAAAUCCAUCCGUCAAGCGAACACCCUCCGCCGCCAAGGGCAAAGGCCGCGCUCCAGACAGCUCUGGGUCUGUUCAGCGUACUGCUAGCUCGUCCUCACGGAACCACCAGGGCCACACAAGACACGAUUCCGAAGCCCUCAGUGUCAUUGGCGAGAGCAGCUUUAGCGAGGGAAGACCCAGUGGUUUAAUCAGCAGGGGAGUCAGCGUGGACGGCAUUGCAGCCUUGGCGCCCUUUGCGAGCGUUGCUCGAGAUGAAGCCGUUCCCGCUACAAAGGUAGCUGAGGAAGGUGAGUCGAAAUCGCCAUCUUCGGAAAACCUUGACGAGGACACUCCUAUUAGACCGUCGGAGGCCACAUGGCUCUCGAGAAGCAAUUCCAAGAUGAGCUCAAGCGGGUCAGGCUACGUCUCAGCCGCUUCUCAUCUCAAUUCGGCUGCUCCCGGCGGCACUAGCCCUGGACUACAAUCCGAUCACCAGUCUCGCACCGAAGCCAUCGCACCCGCCCGAGCUCCGUCAGGACGUUCUGGCGGCUCGAAGAAAGGCAAGUCGAUUCCGGCCUCGACGCAAUCCCCGCUUAAGACUGGUGCAGGCAGCGCCGCGGUACUAUCUGCCGUUCAGGCCGAUGAGCUCGACACUGGAGGCGGAAGCGCGACAAGCACACAGAGCUCACAAGAUCCCUUCAAGAGCCCAAUCAGUGCUUCGACAGAAGGAAAUGCUGAUCCAUUCGCAAGCUCCGCCCGAGGACCUCAGGCACCUUCUGUUCCCCAAGUGAACCCAGAUGUUGCGGCUGGCGCAAAUGCAACUACCAAUCCCGCCGUGUCUGCUGCUCCAGCCCUGAACGUCGUGAUGCCCUCGCCAGAAGGAGAAGAUCCGGCUGGCACAAGCACGGCUGCUGCUCCUCUUCCUCCGGCCCCUGUUGCCGCUGAGACUACCGCGGGACGGACACGAACGUGGUCGAAUGUCAUACGUCUCAAGACUCCCACGCCUGGGUCAGGGAGACGUCCUCGCACUGCCUCUCCAAGCGGUCCGAGUGGUGGUGCCUUGGUGAAUCGAUCUGCCAGUGGGAGCAAGACCAGCCGCAAUUCUUCCACGAAGUCUGCUCGACGAAGCAAAUACCCUCACUUCCUUCAGGGCACGCACGAUCUGCAGAAGACGAAAUCUCUGUCUGGCGCCAAAGCAGUGCCUGGUAGCGGGGCGGCUGGUGCAGAUUUGAGGAGAGCUGCCUCUACGGGUGCGACACGAGGUCCAGAGGCACAAUUGUCGCCUCAAAGCUGGGCAUACACCAGCAGAGCGGCCGAAUGGCGCACUGCCCUUGACGCCUCAGCAGCUGCAUCGCGAGACACUGCAGGCACCUUUACUGGCUCAGAGAAUGCAGGCGCAGUACCAACAGUCUCGGUCACUGGUGUUGGAGACCUUAUCAUGCCCCAAGGCCCCGAGUCUACGCUGGAGAGGAAGCCUAGUAUUGGGGUUGCUGGCAGCCGCUUCAAGGAAACUUUCGAGUAG